GAGGAAGAAUGAGAUUUGCUCGACUGGUCCUUUGAUUAAAACUACAUUUCCCAUGAUCCUUUCAACCGACGUUUCCUUUCUGCUGAAACAGGAAGUGUGGUACUGGUGUAAACAUGAAGCGGGUUACACGUCUCGCCUGUGAUGAUGUGCCCAUCCCUGAAGAACAGGAGACAGAGGGCCAAAGACAACUACACAAUCUGCUGCUACAGCAACUGGAUACAGAUGUAAACAUUGAGCGGUGUGUCGCUAAGAAGAAAUGCUUUGCUCCAGCAGCAGUAUACAAGCCUUUUGGGGAACAGGCAGCCGGUGUGAGGAGUCUGUCCCAGUUCCAGGCUUUGCAGGACGGGGAUCAGGAACUGGCCGCUCUAAGAGAGUUGGGCCUUACAGAAGCUGAAAUAGAGCUGUGGAGAGGCAGGGACCAGCCGGAGAGCUCUUGGAAGGACAGAGGGGUUUGUGUGGCUCCAGAGGCAAGGAAUAUGCGCCUACAGGCCAUCCGGGAUAAAAUGGUGGCACAUGCGGAGCUGCUGGCCCGACCUCAGCGUUUCUCGAGCAGUCGGCCGCUCUCCCGUAGGGAGAUGGAGAUCGAAAAGGCUCUUUUCCACGGCAGUGACCGCUGCAGUUUCCUCACUGCCCUUUACCAUCGAGAAGAAGAGUCACUGGUCAGCCAGCAGGGGGCAACAUCUGCCAUCACAAUGGACCAUUUCUAUAAAGACUUUCUUGAAGGCCAGAACAAACAUGUUGCUAGUACUUCAGAGUGUUUUCCUCAACCAAAAAUUGUCUCUAAUAUCCUAUGUAAAUCAUCAAGCUCUAAAACCGACCAAUCAACUCGCGCAGUCUGUGAUUCCCGCCCAUCCAAAGAGCAACACCUAUCCCAGGAUUCAAGCCCUGAAUCGGACACUGUCCUCCAACCACAGUCUCAUGAAAAAAGAGUUAAAACUAUGAAAAUGACAGUUAGUCAGUCCAUUGGCUCACUGAGUGCAGCUUUCAUCCAAGGGCAUGAUGGGCCCGUUACAGUAAGUGGAAGGAUUGAGGAAAUUUCAGGUGAAGAGAUCAAGAACAAUCGUGAGACGGAAGAGGAUAUACGGAAUAUUCCCCGAUUUAAGAACUACCUGAGAGGAAAUCCAUCCAACGUCCUGUGUGUGAAGAACAUGAGUCCACGGGCAACCGUGGCUCAGCUGGUUUCUCUUUUUUCAAGGUUUCAGAAGGACGACAAACAGCCCAUUCUGUACCGCCUGCUGACUGGCCGACUCAAGGGCCAGGCUUUCAUUACACUCUCUGAUGUCAAAAGCGCCCAAGCUGCUCUAGACUUGUUAAAUGGCUACAAGCUGCUUGAAAAGCCUCUGAUCAUUGAGUUUGGCAGAGAGAGAAAUAAAGAGACUGAUGCACAGACUGACAACACCCCUUCUUCAAUACAAAAAGAUGAACAGUCCUGCAAUGAGAAACCCCCUAAAUGUAUUUAA